UCAGAUUUGGAGAAUUGAAAUUAAACCGUUUGGUUUGUGCAAGUUGCGACUUGUUGAGUUUGGUGGAUUCCAAGCUUGUGAGCUUUGUAUCGAUUGAAUAUUCUCUUCAAUCGUGGUCGAGCAGCUACCCUUUUAUACCAUACGAGCUUUCCCCAUGUGUGGAAUUGUCCGUUGGUUCCGUUUUAUCCCAAUUUCGUAUUAAGAACGCAUUGUUCUUAAUUCGAGUUCAAUCAAUCUACGGAUUGAUUGAUUGCUGCGUUACUUUGAUAAAAAUACACCCCCCAGGGUCGUAUUAAGUGGCAUCAGAGCCUUAGGUUCAAAUCCGUGGCGAUUUUUGAAGAAUUCUGCAGCAAAAUCGAUGGCCAUGAUGGUCGACUUGGAGCAAGCUAAUUUGACGUCAUACACGCGCUGUUUGGUGGGAGAGAAGGUGUGCUCUGUGUAUGUCAAUGGUGAAAGCCAAUCGAACCUGAUUAGCUCACGAGCAGUGGCUAAAUUGGGGCUGCCAAUUCGAAAACUUCCAGCCCCUUAUUCUUUGUUAUUGUUGGAGGAAGAAGACUAUGUUUUUGUAACAGAGGAGGUGAUCUUACCUUUUCGAAUUGGAAGCUACGAGGAUGAGGUUCGUUGCUAUGUGUUGCCUCUAAAGAUGUCCCAUGUUGUGCUUGGAAAUCCAUGGCAUGUCGAUCACGGAGCUCGACGAAGCAGAAGGACAAACCAUGUCAGACUGCGGCAUUGUGGGAAAAACUUUGCUUUAAAGUUUCUGUCACCAGAAGAAGCUGCAGAAGAUCAAGCCACCCUGCUGCAACAGCUCCAAGAUGAGGAAGAGCAAGCUAAGGCAGUGGCAACUUUGACUGGGGAGCCGCCUGUUUCCUGAAAAAAUCAAAUACCACCGCCGGUGCCGAAUUCGUUUCCGGCGAUGUCGAUUUGAUGUUUCACGGUGGAAACUCUUGCGGUGCCGUUUGAUCGAAUGCACCGCUGAUUGCUGAAAUCGAGACGACCGUCAAAUAUCCGCCGCCGAAUGUCGGCGCCAUUGAUUUGAUCGAUGCACCUCUAAAUGGUGAAAUCAACGUGACCGUCAAAUAUCCACUGCCCGACGGUGUUGAUUUGAUCGAUGCACCUCUGACUUCUAACCAAGAACGACCGUUACUACGGUUCGCACCUCUCCAAACUAUGUUCGAACGAGGGUGUUUGAGUUUUUUGAGGAAUCUACACUACCGCUACUCCUAUGGAGAUUCCUCUGGAGAGCUCGCGACUACGACUAAGACUACAACUAUGGAGAUCCUUCCUGGAAGGAGAGCUCCGCGAAGGAGUUACAGAGAAAAGGUAAAGUUUUGACAUAGUUGUUCUGUGUUGAUUUUGGUUGUCCUUUUCUCUCUCCUUGCUCCGCUGCUUUUAUUUGAAAUCACUUGCGUAGUCUUCACGCCCUGUGGAACUGCUUCCUCAACCGCUCCGUCGUGAACUCCCACGUGUCUUCACUCUUAUCCACAGAGUCGUAGUCUUCAACUGCUUUGAUCUUCUCUUCACUCCCAAAUCUCCCGUGCAAGAAAAUAACUCCGUUAUUUUCAUGAGCCCGCGACGUCGUUUACGCCUCCACCAACAAAGUUUCCAUAACGACGUCGUUGAACCCAUUCACGGCAUUGCUCAGCUUGAAACACCGUCAAGCUCACUACGUCGUUGAGCUCCACGAUGUUGUUUUGGCCUUGCGGCAUCGUUGAAUUUCUCGGCAUUGUCGAACUCGCAACGCCACUGAAUUUGCGACCGCGACAUCAAUUCCGCUGCGUUGUUGUUUAACUAGCGGCAUUUUUAGCCUUGCGACACCGCAUUAAUUAAAUAUUUCACGUACCACAGCAUUGUUUGGCUUACUUGCGGUGUCGUUUUCUUCCUCAAACAGCUCCGUUUGCUUUUCCUCCGCGACAUUGUUUUAUAUUAAACACUGUCCUUUUCUCUAGCACAACGAUACCGUUGGGCUUACUCGCGGUAUCAUUUUAACUCAUCCGCGAUGCCCCUUGUCGUGGUGCCGUUUUUAGCCAAACGACACCGUUUCCCUGUCUCGCGAUGCCGUUGAGCUUUGAGGUUCACGGCACCGUUUUAUCUCUUCACAACAUUGCUUGACUCCAAACGGUGUUGUUACUAUCCUCCUCCGACAAGGAAAAAUAGAAUAAAAAAACAUUCCUUGUCCAACAGCAAUACAUGUCCUGCGCAUGACUCACACAUGGUCUGCAACCGAUGUCGUUUCAAGUACCGCAGUACCGUCGAGCCUCUUCGCGGUCUCGCUUAAAUUAUCCGCGGUAUUGCUCGACUCCAAACGACAUCGUUUUUUGUCCUGCGAUAUCGAAUUAAAUGCGAGACUAAUUAAUGUGGCAUUUAAUU